AUGUCGGAAACAUCCCUCCUGAAAAUCAAGCUCCAAAAUAAAGCACGAGAACAACAAGAGAAGCAAAUACAAGACCGUAAAAAGGGAAUAUUGGUUUUAAUGAUCAGAUAUUUAUUUGAUAAUGGUUAUUUGGAAUCAGCAGAGAAAAUGCAAUCGGAAACUGGAAUUUCUUUGAAAAAAUUUGAUGCGGCCGAUAAUAUGGAUCUAAAUAAUGUAUUCAUUGAAUUUGAGGAAUAUUAUCAAAUGAAGUUCAUGAAAAAACCUAAAUUAUUUCGGAAAAUUCAAAGUGGAGAGGAGCCUGUGGAGUACGGACGAGUGAUGCCAUCAAAAGUACCCACCACUUCACCCUCAAAUAUUCCAAGCAGCAAACCAACAUCGACGCCGCCACCAACUAAAACGGAGCAACCACCAACAUCUAAACCGGUAGUGUCAACAAAAACGGCUCCCCCUUCAACAACAAGGCCGAAUAAGGCAACUCAGCAACCAAUACAAAAUGCUGCUGGUGCAAAUGUGAAAACAAUUCAGCAAAAAGAUGAAAAUAAGGAAAACAUUGCCAUUGAUAUUUCUGGAAGAAAAAUUGAAAACAAACCAUUACAAAAACAAGCAGUUUUGGAAAAUGAAGAGAGUGACAGCGAUGACGAUUUCUUUGAGGAUAGAUUACUAAAACCUCUCCCAGAAAAUUUGUUUUUUGGAGAUUUACGAGAGUUAGCUGAGUCUAUUCGAAGAGAAAUUAUUGUUUCGAAUCCAAUGGUCCAUUGGGAUGACAUAUCUGGGCUAAGCUAUGCAAAGCAAAUGGUUAAGGAAGCUGUGGUGAUGCCACUAAAAUAUCCACAAUUUUUUACAGGCUUGUUGACACCUUGGAAAGGGGCUCUUCUUUUUGGGCCUCCAGGAACGGGUAAGACCAUGUUGGCAAAAGCUGUAGCAACUGAAUGCAAAACGACCUUUUUCAAUAUAUCGGCUAGCUCCAUUGUAUCAAAAUGGAGAGGAGACAGCGAAAAAUUGGUUCGAGUUCUGUUUCAGUUGGCAAGACAUCAUGCUCCUUCUACUAUUUUUCUUGAUGAGCUUGACUCAAUCAUGAGUCAACGAGUGUCAGCAACAGAACAUGAGGGCUCUCGACGAAUGAAAACGGAAUUGUUAAUUCAAAUGGACGGUCUGUCGAAAAGUAAUGAUCUUGUUUUUGUGUUGGCAGCCAGUAAUUUACCUUGGGAUUUGGAUCAAGCUGUAUUGAGAAGACUCGAAAAAAAGAUUCUUGUUGGACUUCCAGAUAAGGAGUCAAGAAAGUCAAUUUUCAAAAAGUGUCUCACUUCUGACAGAGCAGACUUGACAGAAAACGACUUUGAAACUCUAGCAGAAAGGACGGAAGGUUAUUCAGGAUCUGACAUUACCCUUGCAUGCAAGGAAAGUGCCAUGAUUCCUGUUCGAAAGAUAUUCAAACAACUCGAACAAUUAGAAUCUCAAGCCAACAACAAUACAGCUCAAGGAAAGAGAGACAAUUUUGCUGCAAAAACUCAAGAAUUGCCACCUAUUGACAAAGUCAAAAUGAAAGAUAUUGAAUCCUCGCUCAGUAUCAUCAAACCAAGCGGAAACACCUACGAAAAACAAUAUGCAGAAUGGCAACAAAAAUAUGGAAUUUAA